GGUGGCCUAUGUCGUCACAUUUGUGCGCCUUACACUCUACAGUCUUCGAAGAGAUCUUCAUUAGCUGCAUGGUUAAUACACAAUAGUACGCAGUCAACAUGGUGAUGAAGUCAUCAGUUGAGGAUGAUGAUGCUGGCUGGGGGCUGGGCAUCCCAGAAAAGAUGAAGAACAAUGCCAACUGGGUUGAUAUUACGCAUGAAUUCAAGGGUGCAUGCAAAGAAUUGAACCUUGGGGAGCUGCUUCAUGACAAGCUGUUCGGCCUGUUUGAGGCCAUGUCAGCCAUAGAGAUGAUGGAUCCUAAGAUGGAUGCAGGAAUGAUUGGAAACCAGGUCAACAGGAAAGUGCUCAACUUUGAACAAGCUAUCAAGGAAGGUGCUAUCAAGGUGAAAGACCUUAGUCUUCCUGAACUCAUCGGGAUCAUAGACACAUGUUUCUGCUGUUUGAUCACGUGGCUGGAGGGCCACUCCCUGGCGCAGACUGUGUUCACCUGUCUUUAUGUCCAUAACCCCGACCUGAUUGAGGAGCCAGCCCUCAAAGCCUUUGCCCUGGGCAUCCUGAAGGUGUGUGACAUCGCCCGAGAGAAAGUCAACAAGGCUGCUGUGUUCGAGGAGGAGGAUUUCCAGGCCAUGACCUAUGGCUUCAAGAUGGCUAAUAAUGUAACAGACCUGCGGGUGACAGGUAUGCUGAAAGAUGUGGAGGAUGAGUUACAGAGGAAAGUUAAGAGCACACGCAGUCGACAAGGUGAGCAGCGAGAUCCGGAGGUUGAGCUAGAGCAUCAGCAGUUCUUGGCACUUUUCAAUAGAAUCAAGUUCACACGACUUCUGUUGACUGCACUGAUCGCCUUUACCAAGAAAGAGACCAGCUCGGUGGGUGAGGCCCAGAAGCUUGUGGCUCAGGCUGCUGACCUCUUAUCAGCCAUUCAUUCCAGUAUUCAGCACGGCAUUCAGUCACAGAAUGACACCACUAAAGGAGAUCACCCUAUCAUGAUGGGCUUUGAACCCCUGGUCAACCAGAGACUGCUGCCACCUACCUUUCCUCGCUACGCCAAGAUCAUUAAGAGGGAGGACAUGGUGGCCUAUUUUGGCAAACUCAUAGAGCGCAUCAAGACUGUUUGUGAUGUGAUCAACACCACCAAUUUACACGGCAUACUGGACUUCUUCUGUGAAUUCAGUGAACAGUCUCCCUGCGUGCUUUCUAGAUCUCUACUUCAGACAACGUUCCUGAUAGAUAAUAAGAAAGUGUUCGGCACCCACCUGAUGCAGGACAUGAUUAAAGAUGCUCUCAGAUACUUUGUCAGCCCACCUGUCCUCUCUUACAAGUGUUGUCUGUUCAACAACCACCAGGCUAAAGACUACAUUGACUCCUUUGUCACACACUGCUCCAGGCCAUUCUGCAGUCUGAUCCAGAUCCAUGGACAUAACCGAGCUCGACAGCGAGACAAGCUGGGUCACAUUCUUGAAGAGUUUGCCACACUGCAGGAUGAGGCAGAGAAGGUGGAUGCAGCACUGCAUAGCUUGCUGAUGAAACUUGAGCCUCAGCGACAGCAUCUUGCCUGUCUUGGCACCUGGAUCCUCUACCAUAACCUGAGGAUCAUGAUCCAGUACCUGCUGAGUGGCUUUGAACUGGAGCUUUACAGCAUGCAUGAAUACUACUACAUCUACUGGUACCUGUCAGAGUUCCUUUACGCAUGGCUGAUGUCCACUCUGAGCAGAGCAGACUCCUCUCAGAUGGCAGAGGAGCGGAUUCUGGAGGAGCAGCUGAAAGGACGCAGCAGCAAAAAGACCAAGAAGAAGAAGAAAGUUCGCCCUCUAAGCAAAGAGAUCACCAUGAGUCAAGCAUACCAGAACAUGUGUGCUGGCAUGUACAAGACCAUGGUAGCACUGGAUAUGGACGGGAAGGUGCGUAAGCCUCAGUUUGAGCUCGACAGCGAGCAGGUUCGCUAUGAGCAUCGCUUCGCCCCCUUCAACAGUGUGGUCACCCCCCCACCUGUGCACUACAUCCAGUUCAAGGAGAUGUCCGAUCUGAAGAAGUACAAUCCUCCACCAGGCUCCGCGGACCUCUACCUGGCAGCCAGCAAACAUUUCCAGCAGGCCAAGCUCAUUCUAGAAAAUGUGCCCAGCCCAGACCCAGAGGUGACUCGUAUACUGAAAGUGGCCAAACCCAACAUUGUAGUUAUGAAGCUCCUGGCCGGAGGGCACAAGAAGGAGACCAAGGUUCUCCCAGAGUUUGACUUCACAGCUCACAAGUACUUCCCCGUGGUCAAGAUUAUCUGAUUCUGCUCUGCGCCACUGGCUGGUAUGAACGUCUCAUCAACCAUAAAGACCAUACUUUCACCUGAACAAGUGUGCAAUGACCCUGAUCCAGUCGCCCUAACUGUAACGUCGUGUAAAGGACCGUUUGAUACACCCGACUCUUUCUACACCCGAAUGAGAGAUGUGACACAUGAAACCCGACCAGAGAACUCACAACUGGACCUUAAAUGAGUGACAAUAUCCACAUCUUCAUCUGUGAAAGUCUUUUUGUGUGUAUGUGUGUGUGUGUCAGAGACAAGCCAAGGUGCUUUUGUGCAAAGAACUGGCCAAUGGUAUUUUUUAUAAGUUGCCUCCAGAACAAUCUUGUGAAGGCUUGAAAAGACUUGCUGUAAUGAUAAUGGGUGCAUAUCAUUAAAUAAUAUGAAAAAAUUAACCUUUCUAUGCAUCUGCUUAUCUGAAUGGGAAUAAGCUUGAAAAAGCCACCUUGUUAUACCUCAGAUGAACAAAUUCACUUGAAUAUUAGAUUGCAGUCAGUCUGUGCUGUGAAACCUUGGCAGGACAAUCUGCAUAACUUAUUUUAUUGUCUGAACUUUAAGAUUUUAGUGAUCCAAAAUUGAUAGCUAACAGCCAUGGGGGAGAUACCUUCCAGGCCUCAAAAAUAAUCCAACAAUCCCAGAAGACAGAAAGCUGCAACGAUCACGCAUCUCUGCAACAAUUACAUUUUUUUAUUGUGAUAUUAAUGUUCAUUUCUGUCAUUAAAUUUCUUAUUGGAAAAGAA